ACGGACGGGCAGGUAGAGAAGGGCAGCCAGCUGGACAGACAGAGGAGCGAGAGAGCAGGCAUGGCCGGACUGGAGCUGAGCUGCCAGGUUUCGGAGGAGAACCCGGGGCGCAGGGAGGCCUUCUGGGCCCAGUGGCAGGAUCUGAGCCUGACGACGCGCCCGGAAGAAGGGUGUUCUUUGCACGAGGAGGAUACCCAACGGAGGGAGACAUACCACCAGCAGGGCCAAUGCCAAGUGCUGGAGCAGUGGGCACCUUGGAUGGUGAUGCGGCUGGGCCUCUUGGGCCAGGGGCUGCAGGAGUACCAGCUGCCCUACGUGCGGUUCCUGCCCCUGCCCAUCUUCAAGCCCGCUCACCUCGGGGGCAAGGAGGCGCGCGAGGAGACGCCGACGCCGGUCCGGGGGUUGCUGGCUUUGGAGACGGCGUUGGGCGGGCAGUGCCCGGAUCGUCGCGAGAUGGCGGAGAUCACCAAGGAGCUGCCCCCGGUGGUGCCCGCAAGCCGGCCUGGCUUCGCCAAGCCCGGCGCCCCGCACCGCUCCCUGUCCCGCUCCAUGUCCCAGGAGGCCCAGAGGGGCUGAGGGGGACCCCGCGGAGGGGCCCCGCUGCCGCUGUGCCCGGGUGAAGAAGGCCCUGUCCUGCCCACCCUGGCCGUGGCAGGGCCCAGCGCCGACUUGGGGGAGCAGGGCCGCGGAGGCCGGUCGCCAAGCUUUGUAGUUUGCUCAGACGAGGGGGCCGGGCACCUGGUGCCUGCAGAGAGACAGAAGGAGACAGAGACAGAGAGACGGGGGCUGGGUGCCAGGGCAGAGGCAGGGGCCGGGAGCAGCUCUCCCGAGGCUUCCGAAGGGAAUGGAGGAGCUGGGAAUGCGAUGUGGGAGGGAGGAUGUGGCUGGCAGAGCCCGGGGGCUGGGGGAGGUGGUUGGAAGUAGACGAGGGACCUCGCUGCCCCCCACUCACUGUGUUAGUCCUGCAAAUAAACCGCUCAACCCAG